AUGAUGCCAGCACGAAGUCUGGUAACUAUUGGAUGUGAAGGCGAAACGGCAACAGGCGCAGGCUGGGUGGAGGUAGAUGUGGCAUUGGGCUGGGCCAAUGUGGGAGUGGGAGAUACAAGCGAGUUAAGAGAAGUGGUGAGGUCUAGGUCUAGACAUGGGCUUGGGUCUAGACACGGGACUGGAGAGUUGCUGAGGCUGGGACUAGGUGCGGAAAAUGGGCCUGAAUAG